AUGGCCUACUAUGGAAAAUGCAUUGAAACUGUGAUUAAGCUACUGGACCAAUUUAAACCUAAGAAGGACAGUCCUGAGCAGUUCCUGGAGGCUGCGGCCACCUCCCUGCAGACCCUGAGCCCCCAGGAGCAGGCGUUCAUCAUGGAAGUUCUGUCCGGGUGCCUCGAGUACCGGAAGCUGCUGACCAUCGUGGUGGAUGCCUUCUAUGUGCGGGACGGCCGGCUCUGCCUGUGGGCUGAUUACAGCCUCUUUGAGGUGAUCUGCUACCUGGCCACUUUCCAGCUGGAGGAGCUCGGCUUUCAGCUCUUCUGUAGCAUUGUGAAGUCCCAACCCGUCCACAAGGUGUGCAAGUUCCUGGGGUUCCUCUUCAACCCCUUGAACCUGGGCUCAUGGAUCAAGGAUGAGUGGAGCCUCAUCUACGAGACCACCCACGUGAAGGAGCAAUGGAUCGACCCCCUGAUGAGGUGGCAGCCGGAGGUCCAGGAGCUGAUCAACCAGCUGCAGGGGGCGUUGACCAAUCAGCCCCCUCUUCCAAAGACCAAGGCCAAGGUCACAGAGCCCAAGGAGUUCAACCUGACUGCCCCCAGGCCCCGCGCCAUCCCAGUGCCUGAGCCAGUCCCCGUGGUGGCCAAGACCAGACCAGUCCCCGGGAGCACCUACCGGCCGCCCAAGGAGCAGCGGCUCCUGGAGACAACCAAGAGAUACAAUCGCCGCAAGGCUGAGGAGCUGCUGCUGCGGGCCAGCGUCGAGGAGAUGCGGUGCGCGCGGCCCAGGCCCCGCGGGGAGCCCCCGGUGGAGGACUCCAAGAAGAAGCUGCGGCUCCGAUUUCCACCUCGAAUCCUCCAGGCUCCGAAACUGACCUUCUACAGGCCCAACGACGACUCCCCGGUCAAGCUGAACACUGCUGCCAUCCUGCGAGAAGGGGCCUUAUACCAGCGGCAGGUGGAGAGAGAGCUGCAGAGGGUGGAUGAGCUCAUGGACGGGGCCGGGGACCUCUCUGAGUUCCUCAAGUGGCAGAGGAAGAUGCAGGCAAAGGACCUGGAGGAACAGCUGGCCACAGGCGAGUGCCGGAGGCUGCAGGGGAAGCUCAGCCACGAGGAGGCCAUCCUGGCACGGCAGCAGGUGGUGCAGCAGAAGAAGCAGAAGGCAGACCAGAAGAAGGAGGAGACAGCUGAGCUGAUGCAGCAGUGUGCCGAGAGGCGCCUCCAAGAGGAAAGGUCCAUGAAGGAGCUGGUGGAGCAGGUGAUGGAGACGCAGAAGAACAUCAAGGUGGCGCAGACAAAGCUCCUGAAGGGCCGACGGCAGAUGGUUCAGGAGGUGAUAGAGGAGAGCCGGGAGCUGCUACAGCGCAGUGCAGAGGCAGCCAAGGAAGAGCAGAGGCGGCGCCGUGAGCUCAUCUCCCAGUUGCGAGCCCUGGAGACUCAGCCCACGCGCAAGGGCAAGCUGGUGGACCUGACCCAGAUCCCUGGCUAUGGCCUGGAAGGGGAGAUGUCGGUCGUGGAGCUGCGUGAGCGGCUGGCCCUGCUCAAGGAGACCCAGAGGUGCAAGGAGCAGGAGAAGCGAGACCAGAUCAUCCAGGGCAAGCGCGCCAAGAGCCAGGCGCUGCACAACACGGUGGCGCAGAUCUCGCUGCGCCGCGCGGCCAUGGGGACAUCUGCAGCCUUAAGGUGGGAGGAGGAGACGGCGCAGUCGGCGGCCGCGGGAGCGCCCUCCCGGGACGAGCGGGUGCUGGAGCUGCAGCGCAGGAUCCGGGAGAAGGCGGCCGAGCGCCGCGGGCGGGAGGCACUGCUGCACGUGCCGGCGCCGCGGGCAGCUAGCCCCAAGCAGCAGGCGCAGCUGGAGGCGCAGCGCAGGCUGGAGCUGGAGCAGAGCCGGGAGCGCAGGCUGCGGGCGCUGCACCGGGGAGGCUCGGCACGCGGGCCCGCUCGCUGCCUGAGGGCCGUCUGA